AGGUGAAGCCGUUUUAUGGAGGCGGCCGGCGGCCCGGCCCGCUUUGAUUCCCGCCUGGACGAGGCGCGCGGGCCAACCUCCAAGCUCGUAAACGCGUUGGCCGCGCGCUCCCGCCGGCCCGGUGGGCCGCGAUAUAAGGCGCAGCGCGGGCCCCGGGCUCCAGCCACCCGCCGCCACCGCCGCACCAUGUCCUGCCUCUCCAACGGCCUCGCCGCCCCCUGCGGGGUCCGCGCCUUCAGCUGCGCCUCGGCCUGCGGGCCCCGGCCCGGCCGCUGCUGCAUCACCGCCGCCCCCUACCGCGGCGUCUCCUGCUACCGCGGCCUCACCGGCGGCUUCGGAAGCCACAGCGUCUGCGGCGGCUUCCGCGCGGGCUCCUGCGGCCGCACCUUCGGCUACCGCUCCGGCGGCGUGUGCGGCCCCAGCCCGCCCUGCAUCACCAGCGUGUCGGUCAACGAGAGCCUCCUCACGCCCCUCAACCUAGAGAUCGACCCCAAUGCGCAGUGCGUGAAGCACGAGGAGAAGGAGCAGAUCAAGUGUCUCAACAGCAGGUUCGCAGCCUUCAUCGACAAGGUGCGCUUCCUGGAGCAGCAGAACAAGCUUCUGGAGACCAAGUGGCAGUUCUACCAGAACCGCAAGUGCUGCGAGAGCAACCUGGAGCCCCUGUUCGAGGGCUACCUCGAGACGCUGAGGCGGGAGGCCGAGUGCGUGGAGGCCGACAGCGGGAGGCUGGCCUCGGAGCUCAACCACGUGCAGGAGGUGCUGGAGGGCUACAAGAAGAAGUAUGAAGAGGAGGUGGCACUAAGGGCCACCGCCGAGAAUGAAUUUGUGGCCCUGAAGAAGGACGUGGACUGUGCCUACCUCCGCAAGUCAGACCUAGAGGCCAACGCGGAGGCCCUGACUGAGGAGAUCAACUUCCUGCGGCGCCUGUAUGAGGAGGAGAUCCGUGUUCUCCACGCCCACAUCUCAGACACCUCGGUCAUCGUCAAGAUGGACAACAGCCGGGACCUGAACAUGGACUGCAUUGUGGCCGAGAUCAAGGCUCAGUACGACGACAUCGCCAGCCGCAGCCGGGCGGAGGCCGAGUCCUGGUACCGCAGCAAGUGCGAGGAGAUGAAGGCCACGGUGAUCCGGCACGGGGAGACCCUGCGCCGCACCAAGGAGGAGAUCAACGAGUUGAACCGCAUGAUCCAGAGGCUGACCGCCGAGGUCGAGAAUGCCAAGUGUCAGAACACCAAGCUGGAGACCGCGGUGACCCAGGCUGAGCAGCAGGGCGAGGCGGCCCUGAGCGACGCCCGCUGCAAGCUGGCCGAGCUGGAGGCCGCCCUGCAGAAGGCCAAGCAGGACAUGGCCUGCCUGGUCAAGGAGUACCAGGAGGUGAUGAACUCCAAGCUGGGCCUGGACAUCGAGAUCGCCACCUACAGGCGGCUGCUGGAGGGCGAGGAGCAGAGGUUGUGUGAAGGCGUUGGUGCUAUAAAUGUCUGCGUCAGCAGCUCCCGGGGCGGGGUCGUCUGCGGGGACCUCUGCGUGUCCGGCUCGCGGCCAGUGACCGGCAGCGCGUGCAGCGCCCCCUGCAGCGGGAACCUGGCGGUGAGCACCGGAAUGUGCGCGCCCUGCGGCCAGAAGUGCAGCGGCAGCUCCUUGGUGCGGUUCGCGUAGCGCCUCCCGCCCUGUAAAUACUCGGCUCGGCUCUCGGAGUCCGCAACCCCUGCCUCCAGCGGCGGGUCCGGGAGCAGCCGUAGCCCUGGGGCUUGAAGCAGAAGGGCUUGGAGAACCUGCGGGCCUGACCCGUCCACACU